CCGCGGCUGUUCUUUACGGUGCUUUCCAGUAGAGGGGUGUCUGUUGUUUUCCGUUCAGUUUUAGUGCGCUCCUCAGCCGGCUAGCCUAGUAGCCUGUCCCCUGUCAUCGUAGCCGUCUUCCUGUGGGUGCGGAGGAGCAAGGAAUGCUAAUCAAUGUCGCAGGAUCAGGAAGAACAGGAAGAUGAGUUGCUGGCUCUAGCGAGCAUUUACGAUGAGGAGGAGUUCCGCCGGGCCGAGUCUGCUCAGGGAGGUGAAAUCCAAAUCUGCCUGGAGCUGCCUCAGGAUUUUAAAAUCGUCGUAAAAGGGGAUAAACAAACUGAACAUGACGUGUCCUUUCUACCUCCGCUGGUUUUGAACUUCGAACUCCCGCCGGACUACCCAUCGACCUCUCCGCCCGAGUACACACUCAGCUCCAAGUGGCUCUCCAGGGCGCAGCUGAGCGCCCUGUGCCGGCGGCUGGACGAGCUCUGGCAGGAGAGCCAGGGCAGCGUGGUCCUCUUCUCCUGGAUCCAGUUCCUCAAGGAGGACGUCCUGGGCUUCCUGUGCAUCACGUCCCCGCUGGAGAUCGCCGGCCCCGCCAAGGCCCUCCCGGAGCGGAAGCGGAACAAGGCCGACGUGAAGCCGGGUGGGGCGCCGGCGCCGGUGCCGGCGCCGGGGGGGGCGCCCGCCGCGGGGCACGGCGGGACGGAGCCGCCGCUGGACCCCCGGGCGGUGGCGGAGGUGGACCCGCGCGCCAACGUCCUGCCUCAGCUGCUGGACUUCGACGAGGCCCAGCGGCAGAAGGUCUUCGACGGGAAGGUGUUCUGCUGCGGCAUCUGCUUCUCGGAGAAGCUGGGCUCCGGCUGCCUGCUCUUCCAGGACUGCCGGCACGUGUACUGCCGCGCCUGCCUGGGCGAGUACUUCCAGAUCCAGAUACGCGACGGCAACGUCCAGUGCCUUAACUGCCCCCAGCCCAAGUGCACCUCCGUGGCCACGCCCGCACAGGUGAAGCUCCUGGUCGGGGAGGAGCUGUUUGCGCGGUACGACCGCCUCCUGCUCCAGUCGAGUCUGGACCUCAUGGCGGACGUGGUGUACUGCCCCCGUCAGAUGUGCUGCACGGCUGUGAUGGUGGAGCCCGACACCACCAUGGGGAUCUGCUCGUCCUGCCAGUACGCCUUCUGCACCCUCUGCAAGCGCGGCUACCACGGGCUGUCCCACUGUAGGGCCACUGCAGAUGAGCUCCGAAGUUUGCGGGACGAGUACGUGUCGGCCAGUGACGAGACAAAGAAGUUUUUGGAACAGCGUUUCGGGAAGAGGGUGAUCCAGAAGGCGGUGGAGGAAUCCUUCAGCAGGGAGUGGCUGGAUCAGAACUGCAAGGGUUGCCCACGCUGUGGCACCAACAUACAGAAGGUAGACGGCUGUAACAAGAUGACGUGCACGUCCUGCAAUCAGUACUUCUGCUGGCUGUGCCUGAGCCUGCUAACCCGAGUGAACCCCUACAGCCACUUCAACAACUCCUCGUCUCCCUGCUACAACCAGCUGUUCCAAGGAGUGGAUGUUGAAGACGACGAUGAGAUCUUCUGGAGUGAUGAAGAUGAUUAAUCGGACGUACGCCCGAUGAUCCCCUCGCGAUCUCGCUCUCAGCACCUUAUUUCACACGACCCACACAAUCUUCCAAUGAAUUUGAAUUUUGAAUGAGUUAUAAUCAGCAGUGGUACUCUACCAAAACAAACAAAAAAAAGAAAAAAAACAGAAAAGGCCAAACACAAACGCUUGUUAAAGGUUUGACUGUAGUCCUUCAGCAUUCGUCAGUAAUGUUUUUAUCAGAUUAAUGUUUAUUUUGAAGGAAGACGAAUGAUGGAUUGGACCAUGUCGUGUAUGGAAGCCCUAUGAGUAUGAUAUUUCUCUUCCCAGAGGACUUCUAAAGUCUUGUAACGUUCAGGGUUCAAGGGGUGUUCGCUUUCCCCCAGAUACUGUUUUUGGCUAUGCCAAGUGUUCAGUCAGGCUCGGUUUUAAGGAGGGGCCUGUCCCGUUCUUUGCACACACAGGUCUGGAAGUUUCACAGGCCUGUUUUCUGUGGCCAUGGAAACGGUGCUGUGGAUUACGGACUAGAUAGCAGUGAAGGGCUCUUGUUAUCCUGGAUCUUGUAAAACAACCUGUUUAGUGGAGAAAUGUUGUAUUUUUUUUAAUUUUUUUUUUUUUUUUUUUUACAUUCUCUCAAACAAAAAGGACACUAUUUGCUCACUAUUACUAUUCAAAACUGACAGAAUUCACAGGAAGGUUGCCGUACGUCGUUUUUCUUGAUGUACUCUCGAAUACUAUGCCUAAUAGCAUCCUCCAUAACGGUCCUGAAACUGACAUUUAAUCAUGGCGUGUGGAAAGUGUAAAUAAAGCUUUUCCAAAAUGCUACAUGUUUGAUCGCCAUCAAACGCCAAUGGAAUGUUUUUAGUUUAGAAUCCAUACUGUUAUAUAUGAUUUGCAAAACUGUCAGUAAAGAACUGUUAGGAAUGUUUAUCGUGCGUUACCAAAAAAUAAAUUGGCAACUGACGCCGGAAAAGGA